UACAUGCAACAAAUGAACGCGGCUGCUGAUUUUUGUCAUCUGAAAGAUCCAGGUGCAUCACCUUUGUGCAUCAGUGAAGAGUCCAAAUAUGGCUUUGUUCAAGCAACAGAAGGUGGAGGAUGUUUAUGAGAUCGGAGAAGAGCUGGGCAGGUAAGAAAAGAAAACCUCAGUGGCCAGUUUGCUAUAGUGAAGAAAUGCCGAGACAGAAGCACUGGCGUGGAGUACGCUGCCAAGUUCAUCAAGAAGCGGCAGAGCCGGGCCAGCCGGCGCGGCGUGAGGCGCGAGGAGAUCGAGCGGGAGGUGACCAUCCUGCAGCAGGUCCUGCACGCCAACAUCAUCGAGCUGCACGACAUCUACGAGAACAAGACGGACGUGGUCCUCAUCCUCGAGCUGGUGUCUGGAGGAGAACUUUUCGACUUCUUGGCACAGAAGGAGUCUUUGAGUGAAGAGGAAGCAACCAGGUUCAUCAAGCAGAUUUUGGAUGGUGUGAAUUACCUUCACUCCAAUAAAAUUGCUCACUUUGAUUUAAAGCCUGAAAAUAUUAUGCUUCUAGACAAGAAUAUCCCUAUUCCACACAUCAAGCUCAUCGACUUUGGCCUGGCUCACAAAAUAGAAGAUGGAGUUGAAUUUAAAAACAUUUUUGGGACUCCGGAAUUUGUAGCUCCAGAAAUAGUAAACUAUGAACCACUUGGACUAGCUGCAGAUAUGUGGAGUAUAGGAGUCAUCACCUACAUACUGCUUAGUGGUGCAUCACCUUUCCUUGGAGAGACCAAGCAGGAAACACUUGCCAACAUCACAGCUGUCAACUACGAGUUUGAUGAAGAAUUUUUCAGCAAUACCAGUGACCUAGCAAAAGAUUUUAUCAAGAAACUCCUGGUGAAAGACACACGGAAACGCCUUACCAUCCAGGAAGCUCUGUCUCAUCCAUGGAUAACGCUGAAAGAAGAAACAAAAGUCCAAGAAAACAAGAAAGUUGAGAACACCCAGCUGAAGACAAAACGCCUAAGAGAGUACACCAUAAAAUGCCACUCGAGCAUGCCUCCCAAUAACACCUACAUCAACUUCGAGCGCUUUGCCCGAGUAGUAGAAGACAUUUCCCUUAUGGAGCGGGGUUUCAGCGCUCUGGCUGUGUCCCACGAUUCCUUACAGGAGGACAUCGACGCUCUGGUUUCAAUUUAUAACGAGAAGGAAGCUUGGUAUAAAGAGGAGCACGAAAGCGUGAGGCACCAGCUGUCUCAGCUCAAGUAUGAGUACCGUAAAAUCGAGUCCCUGAAAAGGCACCUGCAGGAUGAUAUCAAGACUGUAGGCACUAGUAUCACAGGCGUUACAGGGAAAUACGCUGAUCUGCAGGGUCAGUUCGAAUCUCUAAGGCAAGAACUUUCCGAAGAACUCAAGUGGAUCCAGGAUUUAAUGAAUAGUUUUCGAAUGGACAACGGAAGUGAGAGCCGUGUGAAUGGAAAUGUUGACUCUGUGUUCAACAAAGAUAUUAAUGAGUCAGUAAUGGAGCUGUUAAACAGAUCUUGCUGUGAAGAAUUCCUUGCAGGGUUGAAUCUUGACAUGGUGGAAUCCAAUCAAUAAUGUUGGUAGACGAGGUUAGGUGCAGAGAUUGUGUGUUUUUGCUGUCUGCCUUAUUGUACAGCAGUUGACUUGCCAGACUGCAUAAUCUCCACGUAGAAACACCACCUACUACUGACCAGUCCACAAACUCUUGGUGGUUUGUAGUGCUGAGGUGGUUUUCCUGUGCCCUGUGUAUGGAUUUAUAGGGAACUGGAUUAUCACAGGAGUAUGGAGCACAUUAUUCCCUACAGGCAUGUGCACUGACUUCAUCGUAUGUACAGCUCCUGAAGAUCACAAGGUAAUUAAACUGGAAUGAAGAGUAGUCCAGCCUGUGCUUCCUGGAGUUCACAUACCUGGAAACCUCUAUGAAUCUCCUUGUAGCAUCUUUGGUUGGGUGAAGAAAAUGUCAGUGUAGACCUGCUGCAGAUAGUGCUAUGGAGCACAUGAGAGAAAUCCUUAGGAAGCUUAAAUCUGUCCUGUAAAGCAGAGAAAAUGAUGCAGUAAUUUUAACAUCUACCAAUGUGGAAAAUCUCCAGGAAAAUGACUGAUGAUAAAGAAAUGUUAAGAUGAUUUUUUUAGGCCAGUUUUGCAGGCUUCAAUCUUCUAAUAUCAACAGGUGUUAGUUACCAAUUAAUUCUUUUGUUUAAAUUCAGUUAUGUCUCCUAUCCUGUACCAAAGAAAUUCUCUUUGAAAGACAAAACUGUGAAUUUGUAAUGAACUCCUCAAAUAACUGUGUGUAAUUUCAUUGUGCAAAUAUUUUUCAGUGAUGAUAAGCAAUAUCAUAGACCUCUGGUUUGCUUUCUACGAGGAAGAAGGCAAAGCA